AGUGACUGACGAAUUAAAAAAGUCGCAAUCAGAUCUCCCAACUAACAGAUUGUUAUAAAACACACUUCACCUCUUCCAAUCUCUCAACUUGCCUUGUGAUUUCAAGUAUUCAAUUCAAAUCUGAGAAUCCAAGGCAAUUAUGGCGGCUGGACCCCCCAGAAAAAUAUCAGCCGCCUCCGCCAGGGCUCACACUCGAAAACCCAAGCCCAGUGCUUCCUCUGAAUCCUCUGGGGUUCUCAUCAAAGUGCUUUUAGUUGGAUUGGUGGGUUUUCUAGCUUUGGCUUAUCAAGCUACAAAGCCUCCUCCGCCAAAGACAUGUGGCUUCGAAGGUGGGCCUCCAGUUACAGCGCCGAGAAUACAGCUCAAGGAUGGGAGGUACUUGGCUUACAAAGAAUCUGGCGUGCCAAAGGAUGUGGCAAAACACAAAAUAGUGUUUAUCCAUGGAUUUGAUAAUUGCAGGCUUGAUGUUUCUGCGUUAACAGCUAACCUCUCACCGGAUAUUGUUGAUAGUAGAGGCAUAUACAUUGUUUCGUUUGAUAGACCUGGUUAUGGAGAGAGUAGUCCUCACCCUGCCCGGACUGUUAAGAGCCUAGCUUUUGACAUUGAGGAGCUUGCUGAUCAGUUGAGUCUAGGACCCAAAUUCUAUGUCAUUGGAUUUUCAAUGGGUGGGCAGGUUGUUUGGAGCUGCCUCAAGUAUAUACCUCACAGAUUAGCCGGAGCUGCUCUGUUAACACCAGUUGUGAAUUAUUGGUGGCCUGGUUUCCCUUCAAACUUGUCUCAAGAAGCAUAUAACAAGCAGCUCACACAAGACCAGUGGACUCUUCGUGUAGCUCACUACUUGCCAUGGCUAACCUACUGGUGGAACACACAGAAUUUCUUCCCUGGUUCAAGCGUUAUUGCUCACCACCCUGACGUCUUCUCUAAUCCUGACAAGGAACUACUUCCAAAGGUUAUUUCUUUGUCCACGGAGCAUCAGACAACACCAAGACAACAAGGCGAGUUUGAGUCUCUUCAUCGUGAUACAAUGAUUGGUUUUGGGAGCUGGGACUUCGAUCCAAUGGAUCUGAAAAAUCCGUUCUCGGAAGGUGGAGGUUCAGUUCACUUAUGGCAGGGGGAUGACGAUAAUCUUGUUCCUGUUACCCUGCAGCGUUACAUUGCCAGUCGGCUUCCAUGGAUUCAAUACCACGAGUUGUCAGGUACUGGACAUAUGUUUCCAUACGCUGAUGGAAUGGCCGACACCAUCGUACAAGCACUUAUAGGUUAAAAACAAAGGCUUCUGAUAAUUAUUGGCAUUUAGAGCUUCCACUGCUCUCUAAGUUGUAUGUUGUAUUUUGUACUAAUUUUUUUCCUUGAUAAGACAAUAGUUUGUGUUUAAAGAAAGGACGAUGAUUUUUGUCUGAAUUUAUUGAGUUCACGGAGGUAUUAAUUUUGAUUAA